GUUGGCAUUAGCUAAAUGGACAUCCCGAGGACAGAGUGGUGUGUUCUGGUGAAGUGGACAGUAGUUUGACAAACCUAAAAUAAAGUAGAAAUCUAGCCAUUUUUGCACCACGUAGGCCAAUUAUAAGGGUGGAUAGACAGACACAGACAGACAGACCGAAAUUUGGUGUGUUGGUGGGUAGGUAGGUAUCAUGGGUAGCUUUUCCCAAUGCACCUGUCCAGGUGGCAGGCCCUGUUCUGCAACCAUCUGCGCCGUUCCCCGCCCAUGCAGUCAGGAGCGAGGAAUCCGGAGGUUGAGGCACGCCCGAGGCCAGUUCUGCACCUGCAUCGCUCGUCCUUGUUAUCAUGAGUUCCAUGGCAUUCUACAGGCAUGACGACGCCCCGCAGGAGGACGCCAGUGAGUGCCCGGUGUGCUACGAGAUCCUGCGCGAGACGGAGAGAACCCUGAGCUGCGGACAUGUGUUCUGUCACGACUGCCUGGUCAAGCUGCUGGUCAGCUUCUACGCCGAAGGACAAAUUCGGGACACCCUUGCCUGUCCGGUGUGCAGACACAUCACCUUUAUCAGUAAGCGGCAGGACGAGCAGCUGGCCUUGGCGCAGGGCAAGGGGCAGCCCGAGGAGGAUGCAGAAAGAGGAGGAGGGCAGACAUUGGAGGUGCCCGUCAGGAGGCCCCUCGCCCGGCUGGAGCUUGACACCACCUCGGCCGCUUAUCUCUGCAGGCGACUUCGGCGCUUCUUCUGCGCGGACUCCGCGCGUCUCUGGUGGCCGACGGUCCUCCGCACGAGUCCGUGCAGCAACUCGGAGAUCUUCGUCAUCAGCGCCCGGGGGAGACCCAUGACAGAGGACGACGCGUUCAGCGUGGUGUUGACCGUGGUUCGGCCGCCGAGGAUUCGCCGGCGCCGGGUGUGCAGCACGGCUCGGUGCCUCGUUGUGCUCCUCUCCACCUUCACCGUGAUGGCACUGGUGGCUGCCGUGCUGCCGUGGAUCCUAUUGGCUUAAUGAGGAUACAAACAUGGACCACGACAUGCCAAAUACGAGCAUUGACAGAGGUAGCACAUGUGAUUAUUCACUUAAUUUUGUAUAGAAACUUGCUUGGGACCAAAAACAAAAAGACUCCGGUAAAAGUAUUACUAUGAAAAUGUAAAUAAUACAAGACAUGGGGAAGUCAAUGGACGUGAUUGGGCACAGAAAGAGUCUUGAGUACGAAAGAGGCAUUUUCCCAGUCACUUUCGAUAAUCUUGCACAAGUAUUAUAAAAUAACAUUCACCAUGUUAUAUUGGAUGGAAGGAUGGAUGGAUGCUAUAUUCAACAUUUGUAUUGCUUAAACUAUGGAUCGCGGGCAUGCGGGCGGUACCUCAUGAAGACCAGCCGCACGUUAUACAUAAACAGAACAGCAGCAAUCACAACAACAGCAAUCAUCAGUCUUAGCUGCAAGGAGCUGUUAACCAGCCUAAACAGGUUGAAACUGUUCUAUGUCCCCACCCUUGUCUUGAAGCCUGACUUGCGUGAUUGCACAAGGCCGAGAUGCAUCGAGUACCUUUUCCUUCUGCGCCAUCCCGCUUGGCCAGUCUUGCAGGUUCCAUGCAUGGGGGGGGGGGGGGGGUGAUUGCACUGAAAUCAGCACGCCAUUGCUUGUCUUCCUCCACGAACCAGAAAGUAUAGCGACCGGGAAGAUAUCAUCAUCAAAAUUCCACACGACAAGCCUUAAGGUUUAAAAAACAACCAAAAAAACAAAAAGGAGAAGUGUGACGUUUGUAGAAAUGUAGCCUUUAUAUAGAUAGAUACGUAUAUAUAGAGAUCUAUUUAGUUCUGACAUUCUGAAUAAGGGUUCUGGCUUGGCUUCAUAGUACACAUGGACGGGCUGCACCUUGCUGCGUAAGACUUGGCAGCCGCUUACGUGAAAAGGGCAGAUGACACGCCAAAGCUUGACAGUGAUACCGUCCGUUCGCAUGAUAUUCGUGCACGCCGGCCUGGCAGGCUACAUGGUUUGUCAAAAGAAACUCCAUAGAAUCGGAACAAGAAUAAAUCAAAUGUGCCACAUUCGAUCAGCCUCUUGGUAGAACCAAGCAUGUCAGAUAUAGUCUGUCCAUAGUUGUCCCUCCCCAAAAAACAAGCAAGGAAGCAGUACUUGCAAUGUUGUCAUGUGGUCACCACAACUACCUAGAGAAUAAAUAUCACAAUCAAGAAAUUCUCCAUAAACACACACCGUACAUCGCUUUGAUAAAGUUUCAUCCCAAAACAAAACAGCUUAACUUAAAGGUUUUACUUGUAUGAAAAAAACAAGCUUGGUCAUUCAGUUGCAGUAACUACUUAUAGCCCCCGCAUCCGUCGAAGGGAGGCGCUUUCAAUUGGGGGUCAUUUGCUCACUGCUUGUUUGUAUGGAAUUUUGGCCCAUAACAGCUGGCUACACAUUUGUUUUCGCACAUGCAUUCUUGAGACGUUUUGGGGCAGGUGUCGGGUAAUUUUGCGUCGUCUGUCUAUUGAGGAUAAAAGCUUCCGAUUUGCUCUUGAGGUCUGCAACACGGCUGAGGUCCUGCUCGUUUUAGGCCCUCGGGAUUUGCACUCAAGUUUGCGUUCAUAGAUAAAACUGGCACGGGGUGCUGACGUUUAAGUGGGGUUGGAAAGGGUUUUGUUGAGGACCUCAAAAAUACACAUGCAAAAACAGGCAUGUUGAGGCCCUCCCAAAGGGCAAUUUGUUUGGAAGCAUAUACAACAAAACACAAUAAAUGGCUUCCACUUUA